AUGGGCUGGUUUUGGGCUGAUAAGCCUUCUCAAUCUAGAACUAUAGCUAACACCACUACUUCGGUACCCCCUGCGGCAUGUCCCAUUAACCAUUCGGCACUUCCUGCCCUGGCUUGUCCUGUCAGGCCUGCAGCAUCUGACGAUGAUGUGGAGGUAUUAAAUCCACUUAACAACAUGCCCAUGGCUAUUUCUUCCGAGAAAGCUCCCGGCCAACGUGUGGUGUUACCUACGGAAAGAACAAUCUCGACUAUUCCAAGAGGAGAAAGUGCUGAUCAGGGCUUCUGGGAGUAUCCAUCUCCACAGCAGAUGUUCAACGCUAUGUUGAAGAAGGGCAAGGGAGAAGGUGUGGAUGAAACCGCCGUUGAAAGCAUGGUGGAGGUGCACAACUUCCUUAACGAGGGUGCAUGGCAGCAGAUUUUGCAGUGGGAACAAAAGUACACUGAGGAUACUCGCGUUGAGCCCAGACUCUUGCAAUUCACCGGAAGACCUCAUGAUCUCUCGCCUCGGGCCCGCAUGUACCUCUUUUUGGCCAAGUACUUCCCAGAUACCUUUAACUCGCAACCCCCUUUCGACAGACACGACUGGACAGUAUUGCGGUCAAUGGGUAGAAACCAGGGCUGGGAGAAGGUUCGUUAUGUGAUCGACUACUAUAGUGCACCUGACGACGAGGAGACCGGCAUGCCUGCGUUCAUGUUGGACACAAGACCUGCUUUGGACUCCCCUCGCAACGCUUACGACCGCUUUGACCACUGGUUCAAUCCAUUGUGGAAGAGAGCCAUGGGCGAAUUUGAUGAUGGGAAGGUUUGA